AUGACAUUAUUAAUCCCUCUUCUUUGCGCUCCUGACCUGGCUGACUGUAACCUGGUGAUGGGAUACUACAACAUUACUGUCGGCCCCCUCCCCCGAUAUGCCCGAGAUCAGCGGCAGUUGACGCGGAGAGGGUUGUCAGGAUACCACUUGGCUCAGCCGGGUGAUCUGCGCCGUGCAGGCCGGAGGGUGUUGCGUUGGGGGGCAGAAGCCCGAGCCGCUGCCAAGUUUUCCCGGCCGCGCAAUGUCCGGCUCCCUCCUUCGUAUCCACAAGCCUGCAUUAUCGCCGCCGUGAAUCGCGCCGCCCAAGGUGGUGGUGGUGGUGGUUUGGUGGUGUAG